AUGGAGGCGGAAAUGGAGACAGACUGGUCGAAGCUAGCCCAGGACGCGCUCUGUCUGGUCUUCGUCAAGCUCGGCGCCGUGGAGGUCCUCAUGGGUGCCGGCCUCGUGUGCCGCUCGUGGCUCCAGGCGGCCAAGCUGCCUGACCCCCUCUGGCAGUCUCUGGACAUGGAGCGCCUCCACAGCAAGUUGUCCCUGAAGAACAAACCAACCCUGCGCGCGAUGGCGAAGGAGGCUGUGGACCGCGCCAGCGGGCGGCUCGAGGCGUUCACAGCCGAGUGGUUCGUCGACGAUGAGCUGCUCGGCUACAUCGCGUCGAGGUCGCCGUCUCUGAGGAGCCUCAAGCUGGUCGACUGCAGCAUCACCAAUGGUGUAUUGAUGGAUCUCCUCGACUGCUGCCCCUACCUGGAGGUUCUUUACGUCAGCGACUGCUGCAAUAUCAUCAUAGAUGGCGCCCUGCUAGCCAAGUGUGGCCGGAUCAGCGCAUUGACGCUCAUCCCCUUUUAUUAUGAGUGUUGUCGAUUAGCAUGGUGA